UUUAUGUUUCGUGCAAAGAUCGCGACUGUAUUCAUUGAUUGAGGUGGAGAUCCUCGUACUGCAAAAUUCGGUUUAUUUGCCCAAAAAUCGUGAAAAUUAAAGGCAAAGCUGCUGCGUGUGUUUUAUUCAUACUGGUGUAAAAUUGCACAUAAAAGGCGUCGAGCUGGCGCAGGUAGCGGGUGUCCAGUGGACGAUGAGAGACAGCGGUGGCAGCCUGUCCCAGAACCGAUGGCAGGGUGAGCUCUCCUUGACUGUGAGCCAGGAGGCCAGCAGUGUCGCGGGCAUGGGAGGAGGCCUAAUGGACCCAAACUCCCCUCCCAAUGCCACCAGCCCCAUUCACCUCAAACUCGGCCACACAGAGCGAGUCUGGAGUGGAGACUACAUCGAACCAGUGGAGCUCGAUGAAGAAGCUGGGUUUGAUGAGAAUGAAGAUGAUAUAGAGGAAGAUGAGGAGGAGGAUGAAGAAGAGCGAGAUGAAGAAGACAUCGAUUCUGAAUGUGCUCCAUGGGAGGAGAAGGAUGAUUUGGAAGACUGGCAGAUGCCGUUUGAGUCCCAACCGCAUGUUAUGCUGGCUAAUACUUAUCAGCAACAGGUGACUUUGACUGAAGGAGAGGCCAAAUCACAAGCCAGAGACUUUCCUGAGAAUCUUUUCCAGAUGCGGCUUCAUGGUCUCCGGCAGCAGAGGCUGAAGCGAUGGCGAAGGCUGCGGUCCAGUGCAAGGUUACGCAAUCGGCUUGUGCAGAACUGGAAAACCUGGAGACAGAGAGCGCAGUGGGUCGGCACUUUGGGCUAUCGGCGAGCGAGGAGGUGGCGCCAGUAUAGCCUUUAUGCCAGCAAGAGACGAGAGAAAGGAUGUGGCGACAAAGGAUCAUCGCUAAGAGGUUUGGUGACGACGAGUGGAAGAGAAACAGAAAAUCAGUUUUCUGCUUACAAUGGUUAUGGGGAUUCUCAGUCAGUUUCAUCGUUGAGUGGAGUUCGAGAAUAUCUUUCAAUGCCCAUGAAGCCCACCAUUCAGAGGAUUGAGAUGACCCUAACAGAAGAGCACAAGGCUUAUGUCCACGGUCUUAUUGAAGAUGACCUUAGAAAGUAUGGAAGUCUGAUUCCUGUACAUGCAGAUGAUAUCGCUGAGCAGCUGCAAAGCAUCUUCAAUGAGGAUUUCUCUCAAAUACACAGGAAAAUGGCUGUGCAGCAUUUAAUUCAGUCAUACCAGAGGUCAUCAGGGACUGCCAUGGUGAAAGGAUUUCGGGUGAAUUACAAGCGUCACGUUCUCACAAUGGAUGACCUUAGCACCCUCUAUGGACAGAACUGGCUCAAUGACCAGGUCAUGAACAUGUAUGGAGACCUUGUGAUGGAUUCAGUGCCUGAAAAGGUGCACUUCUUUAACAGUUUCUUUUAUGACAAGUUGAGGACCAAAGGUUAUGAUGGAGUGAAACGGUGGACAAAGAAUGUGGACAUCUUCCAGAAGGAUCUGUUGCUGAUUCCCAUUCAUCUAGAAGUGCACUGGUCUCUGGUCUCGGUUGAUAUUAAACGGCGCUCCAUCACAUACUUUGAUUCACAGCGGACGCUUAAUCGCCGAUGCCCCAAGCAUAUUUUUAAGUACUUGCAGGCAGAAGCAAUGAUAAAAGAGAAGAGAGACUUUCUCACAGGGUGGAAGGGCUUUUUUAAAAUGAAUGUUGGCAGACAGAAUAAUGACAGUGAUUGUGGUGCAUUUGUCCUGCAGUAUUGCAAGUGUCUUGCAUUAGGCCAGCCCUUCAGCUUCAGUCAACAGGACAUGCCCAAGCUGAGGAGAAUGAUGUACAAAGAACUGUGUCAUUGCAAACUCUCACUGUGAUAUUCGUGUCAAGACUGCACAGCCAGUGAGGGGAAAAAAGAUAUAUUUGUCCAAAAAGCCUGAGAGACUCCACACUGAGGAUAUUUCAUCCUCAAGUCACUUGUAUUUUUGUUUUGUAUAACUUUUCUGUUUGGUUUCGUAUUGGAGUCCAACGCCUUGACUGAGACACCGGAGGUAAUUAACAGUUGACUGCCAGGCAGGCCCUUGUGUGUUACUGCCUAAGUCAAAUAUUCUGUGUUGGGUUUCAUUUUUUGUUCUGCGCAUAAAGUUGUUGCAAAUCUCCUAAUCAGAAAUGUCGGCAUGAGAGUAACUGUGCUAUAAUGCAAGUAACAAAUCAUGUCUGCCGUUUUGUUUUUAAUAAAUCAUCAUGUGAAAAUAAUAA